GCGCAAUGUGAGUCCGCACGAAAAGAACAGCAUCCGUGAGAAAUGUGUUAUGACUUGUGACUUGUGACCAGUUGUAAUGAACCGUGACAGAGGAAGCGCAGUGAUAAUUAUUGAUAGGGAAAAAAAUCAAAGUCUCAGUUGGCGCGAACAUAUGUCAGUGCUUGCAUAUAGUUGUUGCCAGAUAUUUAAUAUUGAAAAUUUCUCGGUAUCUGGCGGCCAAUGUCGAUGUCACUGAGCAUUUUUAACGUCACGGUUCUAAAAACAAAGAUACGAAAACAGGAGCGGUGGAAAUUAUCACGGAUAAAAGAUGCAAUCUUCGUUGCCUGAUCAAAAGAUUACCUGUUUGGGAAAAUGUUUAGAUAACAUGACGAAAGAAGAAUUAAAUGGAAUUACUGAAAAUAUACACAAUACCUUGAUUUGGCCAAAGGGAAAUGAACUUUUCACAAAUUACCUAGAGCAGUACAAUUUUCGAGAUAGUUUGGAAUGCUUGAAUUUAUAUAAUAAAUGUUCCGAGUGUCUUGCAGAAAAGAAGAAACAAUUGAGUAAAAAAAAUUUAAAAGAAUUUGAAUUACUGGAAAGCCUUUUUGUGGAAGUAAGAGCAAUAAAAGAGAUUGUCGAGGAUCUGGAUGGUAUUCCAGAAUUGGAUAUGGAUCUUAUGAAACAAUUCAACGAGGCUUUAAAGACAAGAACCAACAUAGAAUUGCUCGCUGUGUUAGAAGAAACGAGAAUCCGAUGUCGAAAUUAUUUACGAAAAAGUCACGAAGGUUUCAAAGAAUACGUCGUGGAGCAGUAUUCAUUGAAGUUAAAAUGUAAAAAUAAAUAACUCUCUAUAAUCUUUUUGAAUUUGAAAAAUAUUAUAUAAUGUGUAAUUUAGCAAACACAUUGAUCUAUGGAUAUGAACUAACAAUUAAUUCUCAAUUUUUAAGAAUUUUCUAAAAAUCAGUUUUUUAUAUACCAAAGAGUGAUAUAACAAUAAGUACUUCGUUACACUUAAUGGUUAACUUAGUAGUCACGCUAAGUACUUAAGUUACAGUGAAAAUAUAAAAUAAAAUAUUCAAAAAAUACAGAUAUAUGAUUUCGAAGUUACAGGGAGUUAUAGAGGGGUUAAGAUCUAAAGAUCUUUUUCACAUUUUUUCUUUUACAUUUGUGAUAUUUAUGAUAUUUAUGAUAUUUAAUCACAUUUAUUUAUAAUUUACAUGUGCAGUCUAUACGGUACUAUCCAAAGCAUAAUAGUAAUGUUCAAACCUUAGAAAGAUAAGUUGUAGAAAAUCAUUGUUAAUCGUUAAUUUAUACAAAGAUGAUAUGUAUAGUUGACGGAUCAAAUUUAUCUGUUUCUUACUUCAUGUUUGAUCUCGAUUUAUUAAGAGGUACAUACAUACAACGAAGAUUGUGAGUGAGAGAAUAUGAAUUGUAGCUUUUGUUCGAAAACAUCGAAAUUAUUAUUAGAUUAUAUGUUUCUGAUAGUCUGGAGACAUUGUGAAAUUGUUCCUUAUAGUUCAACUAGUCUACACUCAUUGUACUUAAAAUGAAAAAUAUAUGUUUGAAGUUUGAUGAAAGCGAGAAAGAAAGUAAAUGUAGUCCAGUGCAGAGAUAAAUAACAGGUCUUAAAUCGAGAAGCAUCGCUUUGUGAUGUUUCAAUUAAAACUUUCGAGCUUUUAAUACUAUUCCCUACAGUGACAGAAAACACAGAGGCUUAGUCAAGUGAUAUGAACAUUGCAGCUUUAAAGCUCUUAAAGGUGUUUUUCAUGGUGACAGAAAAUACAGACUUAAUAAAAUGAUAUUAAUAAAAA